AUGGGUGUGGCGAUUCUCAAAAGUAAAUCAAACAACCUUCUCAAUAUUAAACAACGGUCGUAUUCGACGAGUGAAGAGUCCAUCUCAUCCGCUUCCUCUGAUAAACGUUUGAACAAGAAACCAAUCAUUGAUGUUUGGUGGCUCAGCGACGACGGUGGACUAACCCUUCUCGUUCCGUAUCUUCUCACUCAACAAGGGAGCCGUCUCAAGGUCAUGGAGCCUAAUCUUCGUGUAUUCACUGUCGCCCCAGAGGGCGUUUCUGUCACAGCGGAAGAGGAACGAAUGGCUGCACUGUUAGAGAAAUUCCGUAUCCACUACAGUUACCUUCACGUCGUUCCAGCUUUAACAGAACCAAAUCAAGAAAUAAUUGAGAAGUUCUUCAAGAUGUUGGAGCCGUUCUUAGGUGAAAACAAAGAAGGACAGAUUUCUGAAGAAGAAUUGACUCGAAUGCACAACAGAAUUGUCAGACAUAUUCAAACAGGGAUUCUAUUGCGGAGUUUUUCUUGCAAUGCAGAUUUAGUGGUGGUGUAA